GUUUUUGUAACACUUGUCGAAGAAAAAUAAAAGCGAAAUCCGAUAAUCCGGUGGAGCAGGACAGAAAAAUUUGCGAAAAUAACAAGCAAAGUGCUUUAUAUUCAAAUUUAAUAACUACUUAAUUAUUAUCCUCGUCCAAGUGUUAUAUCCAAAAUGGCGCUCUCUGUAAUGAUGCGUAAUGCCGGCAAAUUGAAUGUUCUAGGACUAGGAAAAACUGCCCUAUCUUUGCCCAUGAAGACGUUGACCACAAAGAGUACCAUUUCUGCAGAAAGUUUGAAGACCUUGACAAAAUUGAAUAAUGCACAGAUCGUGUCAAGAACCUUCUCAUUGAGUACUCCUAAAAUGGCUGCAGCUAAAGGCAAUCACGUACCUUUAUGGACUGCUGAACGUUUGAUAUCUCUUGCGCUUCUCGGUGUUGUUCCUGCCGCUUUCAUCUACCCUUCGCAAACGCUCGACGCUCUGCUUGCGGUCUCCGUAGUGCUUCACUCCCAUUGGGGUGUGGAGGCUAUAGUCACAGAUUAUGCACGUCCCCAAGUGGUUGGACCAAUAUUACCGAAAGUCGCCCAUGGUGCCUUGAUCUUGCUUUCUAUUGCAACGCUUGGUGGACUUUUCUACAUCAUUCAAAACGAUGUCGGAAUUGCCAACUCCAUUAAGCAGAUUUGGAAGAUUAAGCCUGCUGGAUCUGGACCAACUGCUGAGGAAGCCAACACUCAAUAAUUGUUAUAACUUCUUAAUUCAUUGCAUAGCAACAAAUUGGAACCGUUUGAAUUCUAAUAAAUUAACACUAUUAUGUGAAGUACAUAACUACUACAACAGCCAAAAAUGUAAAAAACUUACUUUUGUAUUCGACUUAACUUAAUAUGAAACGUACACCAUGAAUAAUAUUAGCUUUUCGUUUAACGAUAAAGAGGCGUAUAAAAAAUA